UCAUUCUGGACACUAUUACUGUUAUGUUCGCACUUCAAAUAACAUGUGGUAUACUUUGGAUGAUAAUCGGGUAAGUCAUGUCAGUGAACGGGAAGUUUUAAAUCAGCAAGCAUACAUGUUGUUUUAUGUUCGUGACAGGGAAAGUAUUGUUCCAAGAAAACCUGUUGACAUUGCUAAGAAGGAAAAUGUUAAGAGUAAUGUGAAUGGAAAUAAAGAAUCUUCAACUUCAAGCCAUGUCUUGAUGGAAUAUCCAAAUGUUCCUGCAGAAAAUAAAUUUUGUACUGAAGUUGAGAAGAAAAUGUCAAAUGUUGACUCAUUAGGGACUUCUUGUAUGAACGAUAGUCAUGUUCCGCAGAAUUGUAGUGUCAUAUUAGUAGAAAACCAGAUGCAAAGUAAGAAACAUGAAUCUGAACCGCCUUCCAAGGCACAAACACAGGAUUCACCAGAUGGACUUGCCGUGGCUAAAGCAGGACAUGGAUGUUUGUCAUCAUUAGGCCAGUCUGAAAAGGAUUAUAGUCUCUGUAGUAACCUGAAAAGUUUAUCUACUCUAGUUGGAGAAAAAAAUAAUUUAUGUAAUGAGAAUGUAAUUUCGAAAGAGGGAAUUAUAGAUUCUCCUUCAUUAGUGGCAUCAUCCACUAAUCUACAGAUUAGUGAACUUGCUAGUGAUGGAAAAUCUCAGUCUAUGAAGCUUGGAACUUCAAGAACUGGUUUGUUGUCUGAGCAAGCAAGUAGGAUGGUGAAUGGAGAUCUGGUUGUUUCUCAAGGACUGGUUCUGAAUGAGUCAGUAAAUAGAUCAUUGAAUUCAAAGGGUCUUGAUAAAAAGCCUGUAAAAAAAUUGAAAAGAAAGUUCCUUAAGUAUCAGGUUUCUAGAAUGCAUCUUCGUCCAAUCUUUCUUUACGCCGGAUACUUUGGUCCACGAAAGAAGAGUCACAAAAGAAGUAAGUGCCUCACUUUGAGUAAGAAGAAUCCAAAAAAAGACAAGUUGGAUAAGUUUGCUUUCUCAUCAUAUGACUCCAAACCAUCUACACACGGAAAAACUGAUGAAUUUCCUUGCAUGUCAAGUUUUUCGGGAAGUAAAGCAACAAAGGCUGGCUAUAGACCUGGUGUUAAUGUUAAAUCUAAUGAUGAAUCUCUGACAGAAAAUAGUGCCCAAGGGGAAUUUAAGAAGAGAAUUGAUCAGAACUGUACUGUGCUUGCAUCAGUGUCACAACUUGGGAGUGGUUCAGUAGCAAUGGUACAAGAUAGUAGAAGAGAUCAAAUGCAUAAUGAUUUAAUGAGUAUGCUUACUCGAGGUCUGGAGGAGACAGUUGUUGCGCAGUGGGAUGAUAUAGAAUUGCCCUCAUCACAGCCCUUGGGGUCAAAGAAUGACAACUUUGUCAGCAUUGGAUAUGUUGGGGAUGAAUGGGAUGAAGAAUAUGAUAAAGGGAAGAGGAAGAAGAUAAGGGGCUUGAAACAUAGCUUUGGUGGGCCAAAUCUCUUUCAAGAAAUUGCUAUCGAGAAGUCAAAGUGCAAAAGGGCAAAGUUGGACCAAUCUUGUUCAGGGAACCCUCCAUUUAGGAUAUGACGUCCUACACUAUCUGCCUGGUAUUGUUUUGCGGGCAUCUUUUGUAGCAAUUUUGUCAAACGCUGAAAGUAUAAUGGAAAGAGCACCUACCUCCCUUAUUCUUUUCCCCGGUACAAAUUUUUUAGCUGGAUUGUAUCAUCUGUCUUUGUGACAGCCACAGAGGGGUUGGGUUUUCAUGCACCUGUGUUCCUGUUGAACUUUUCUCAUUUUCAGAUUGCAUUUCUGUUGUAGUAGCUGCAAGCCGUAGCUCUGAAAUUUUGUUCAUGGAUUUAAAUUUUGUCAACAUAUUCUGUACGACAAAUUUGUUACUAAGUGUGUAUCGUGUACUCAACUUGUAUUUUACUUUUGGUUUAAGUUUGGAUUAGUUACUAGAAUGGCAUGUACGAUUAAUUUAUAGGAAGAUUUGUUUGAUAAAUUA